AUGUCUACCAUGUCUUACGAUCUCGCGUAUCCGAUCUCGGAAGAUCCGCAACCGGUCUCGCGCACUUAUCAAUAUCGCAAAGUGAUGAAACCGAUGCUGGAGCGCAAGAGGCGCGCACGCAUCAACCGUUGCCUUGACGAGCUGAAGGAGCUGAUGGUCAGCGCUCUCCAGUCAGAGGGCGAAAAUGUAGCCAAGUUGGAGAAGGCCGAUAUAUUGGAAUUGACUGUUCGUCAUCUUCACAAGCUGCGCCGCCAGCGUCGCCUGUCACUGAACCCGUCGGUGGACGCCGAUCGGUUCAGAGCUGGAUUCACUCAUGCUGCCAAUGAAGUCUCGCGCUGCUUGGCUUCCAUUCCCGGAGUUGACGUGAGGCUGGGAACUCAGCUGAUGACACACUUGGGACACAAACUGAAUGACAUCCAACGUGCUGCUGCUGGAACUGACACACCUCCCGCCAGCCCGCCCAGCCCUGCACUGUCAACUGUGUCUUCGUCAUCUGGCUAUGUGACCCCAUCGCCUCCGGCUUCCCCUAUGCCCGUGCACACCGCCGUACCCCUCGACUGCACCACGAACAGCUUCGCCAAGAGCUCAGUCUGGCGGCCGUGGUAA